GGCGAGGGGCCUUCCCAGGCAGGACACCCCAGGGCGCGGUGGGCGAGGCAGGUGGGGUGCCGUGCUCGCAGUCCAGGGCGCUCGGCUCUGCCACCCGGACAUGGAGUCCUGCAACGUGGAGCUGAUUUUUGACCACGUGGGACACUUCGGCAGGUUCCAGAUAGUCCUGUAUCUUAUAUGUGCCUACCAGAGCAUCUCUUGUGGUAUCCACUAUCUGUCUUCUGUGUUCAUGUCCAUUAUCCCUGAGCAUGCGUGUAAGCCCCCAGGCAUGGUGCGGAUGGCUGUUUUCCACAACAUAUCUGCUUGGAGAUUGGAGGACAUAUUGGCUCUGCGGUCUCCGGAGCACAAAGAUCACAUUAUGGUGGAGCUGCAGGAUGGAGAGAUCUGGGAGCUCACUAGAUGUAGCAGGACCUUGAGGGAGAACACAUCACAUUUGGGCUACGAGUACAGUGGCCACAAGCAUGACAGUUCUUGCUCCGAUGGCUAUGUCUAUGAUCAAAGCACAUGGAAGAAUUCUGUGGUGAGAGAUUUCAACCUGGUCUGUGCUCAGAAAUGGCAUGCAAGCAUUAUCCAGCCCUUGUUUAUAUUUGGCAUGCUGCUGGGAGCAAUUACUUUUAGCUACCUUUCUGACAGAUUCGGAAGGCGAGUGGUCCUGUGGUGCACGAGCAUCGGAGUGUUCUUCUUUGGAAUAGCAUCCAUCGUUAUGUUUGAUUAUUUAAGCUUCAUGACCACACGCUUUUUCCUUGUGAUGGCCUCGAGUGGCUAUUUUGUGGUGGUCUUUGUCUAUGUGAUGGAGAUCAUUGGCAAGAAGUCUCGCACGUGGGCUUCCAUGCAUCUGAACACCUUCUUUGCUAUUGGAGUAAUGUUGGUGGCUGUGGUAAGCUAUCUGGUGAAAACAUGGUGGCUUUACCAGAUCAUCCUGUGCACAGUGACCACCCCCUUCAUCCUGUGCUGUUGGAUGCUCCCAGAGACACCCUUCUGGCUCCUCUCAGAAGGAAGAUACAAAGAGGCACAAGGCACAGUGGAUACCAUGGCAGUGUGGAAUAACUCCAGCUCCUGUGACCUGGUGGAACUCUUAUCACUAGAUGUGACGGCGGCGUCCCAUGAUAGAAGCCCCAAGAGCAUUAGAAAGCACAGCCUAGCAGCUCUGUUUCACAGCCCUGACAUUGCAAAAAUGACCCUCAUCGUUUGGCUGGAUUGGGUCACAGCAAAUUUGGGAUACCACAUAUUUGGCAUGGAGUCUAUUCAGAGAAAAGAAAAUGACCCUCUUUACCUCUUCCUAGUGGGUGCUGUGGAAAUCCCCGCCUACGUCUGUUUGUGCACCUGGUUGAAGAGAGUUGGAAGAAGGAAGACCAUAUUCAUCUUCCUCUUGCUGUCCUCGCUCACCUGUGUGGUUUACGUGGUGAUACCCUCGAAUUACAAGACUGCGAAAAGAAUGACAGCUUUGGUGGUCAAAGUCGUCAUAGGGUCCGUGUUUGCCUUUAUUUACCUUUAUACGGCCGAGCUGUAUCCAACAACCGUAAGGUGCUUGGCCGUAGGGAGCAGCAACAUGGUGGCCCACAUGGCAAGCAUGGUCAUGCCAUUCACCAGUCACUUCUCCAAAGUCUGGAUCUUCUCACCACAGAUUUUAUUUGGGAUCCUGGCCAUACUGAGUGGACUGUUGUCAUUGAACCUUCCAGAAACUCAGAACACACCAAUGACAUCUACUUGGGAGACGACUGAACAGCAGGUGCCAGAAAACAAGGAUAGUUUAAGGGAAGCCCCUUCUGAUAUUUUUGAGAUGUGGGGUUCAGGCAGAGCUCUUUCUUUUGCUGAGAGGUGGGGUUUAAGCAGAGCCCCUACUGAUACUGAGAAGUGGGGGUUCAAGUAGAGUCCUUCCUGAUGCUGAGAGUUGGGGUUCAGGCAGAGCCUCUCCUGAGGAUGAGAGUGAGGGUUCAGGCAGAGCCCCUCCUGAGGAUGAGAGUGGGGGUUCAGGCAGAACCCCUCCUGAACAGAACACUGAGAUGGAAAGUGAGAUAGAAAACAUGGCAAUGAGUAACCUGGGAGAUUCAGAUGGUGAUAUAUAAAUAUGUCUUCUGUGGUGUCCAGCACCUGGGAUGUUGACAUAGUUACUUUGCGUUAGAGAGGUGUUAUUCUUACUUUCCACAUGUUACUUAUGUUUCUGCAUAAAAAAUGUUGUGAGAAAGUUUUAAACAAUUGUUUUGUAAGAUUAAUGAAAUAAAACCAGUAUGUGUUGAGGGAUG